AUGAGAAAGCCCCACUUAAUGAGAUGUCUCAUUUUACUCUGCUAUUUGAGGGUUUUCUCUGGGUCACUUCCAGGUGAUGCUAACAAACAGGAUAAAGUGCCCUUUUACGAAAAUAACAAUGUUGUGGAAAUUGUGCAGUGUAGGAUGUGCCACCUGCAGUUCCCUGGAGAAAAGUGCUCCAGGGGAAGAGGGAUAUGUACUGCGACAGCAGAGGAGGCCUGUAUGGCGGGAAAGAUCUACAAAAAAGAUGGUACCAUCUGGUUAAACUUCAUGGGCUGCUUAAAGAACUGUGCUAAUGUGGAAAACAUAAAGUGGGGCUCCUAUCUGGUGCACUUCAGGUGUUGCCGGGGCUAUGACAUGUGCAAUGAAAGGUUUUAGAAGUUUCUGGUCCUUUUGAGCUCCAACAUCCGGGUGAUGGAAUGGCCUCUCCACAAUGACCUCUUGAGGAUAACACUACAGAGGAAGACUUCAAACAUCUG